UUCCAAUCCCCUCCAUAUCAUGUGAUUCAGGUGUUCCAAUCCCCUCCAUAUCAUGUGAUUCAGGUGUUCCAAUCCCCUCCAUGGACACAGGUGUAUACAAUCCAUCCCCUAGGCAUGCAGACGGCUUCUACAAACAUUGGGGAAAGAAUGGGUCGCUCUCAGGAGCUCAGUGACUCCAAGCGUGGUCCCGUGAUAGGUGGCCACCUGUGCAAUAAGUCCAUCCGUGACAUUUCCUGGCUACUAAAUAUUCCACGCUCAACUGUUAGUGGGAUUAUAACAAAGUGGAAGCCACUGGGAACAACAGCCACUCAGCCACCAAGUGGUAGGCCACGUCACAUGACAGGGCGGGGUCAGCGCAUGCUGAAGCGCACAGUGCUCUCCAUAUCAUGUGAUUCAGGUGUUCCAAUCCCCUCCCAAUCAUGUGAUUCAGGUGUUCCAAACCCCUCUCAAUCAAGUGAUUCAAGUGUUCCAAUCCCCUCCCAAUCAUGUGAUUCA